AUGCAAAUCAAAGAUGAAGGAGCAUUGACGUUCCCUGGUAAAUUAAAGGGCGAUCCCAACAAAAGGCCAAGGGACAAGUAUUGUCGCUUUCACCGAGGCCACGGACACAACACAGCCAACUGCUACGACCUGAAGCAGCAAAUUGAGGCCCUUAUCGGGCAAGGGAAGCUACAGAGGUUCGUCAGCAGGGAAAGAAUAGAAACGCAGGAGGAACAGGCCUCACGACGGGAGAACGAGCACCCUAGACCACCUAUAGGGGACAUAAGAAUGAUCGUAGGGGGCACAGCCACAGCCGAAUUUUCGAAGAAAACCCGCAAAACCUACCUCAGGAUGGUCCAUAGCGUCCAACUCACAGGAUCCGUACCAAAGAUGCCGCGAAUAGAUUACCCCGUCAUAAGAUUUUCGGAGGAUGACGCUCAGAGACUUCACCAUCCUCAUGACGACGUACUUGUGGUCAGCUUGCAAAUGAGGGAUUAUAACAUGCAUCGGGUCCUCGUCGACAACAGCAGCUCAGCAGACAUUCUGUACUAUCCAGCAUUCCAGCAAAUGAGAAUCGAUAGGGAAUGGUUGACCCCAAUGAAUGCCCUACUUGUGGGAUUUGGGGGUACGAAGGUGUUCCCCUUGGGUGCAAUAACACUAGCUGUGACGGCAGGUGACUAUCCCCAGCAGAUCACUAAGGAGGUCACGUUUCUCGUAGUCGAUUGCUCGUCCUCCUACAAUGCCAUCCUCGGGCGACCCACUCUCAAUUCCUGGAAGGCAGUAACUUCAACAUACCACCUGAUGAUCAAAUUUCCGACGGAAUAUGGGGUGAGAGAACUGUGGGGAAAUCAAAUAGCAGCGCGGGAAUGUUAUAUUGCCAUGUUAGAAAUGGAGGAUCAGCAGUAA